AUGCUCAUUAUAGAUCUUUUGUUUGUAGAAUCCCCUCCUAAGGGGCCUCUUAGUUUGGUCCCGCCGUCUUCUGAGGCUUUAGUUGAAAAAGCAUCUGAUGUAGCGGGUGCAUCAACAGAUACCAUUCCUGAACUAACCUUGGUUGUUCAGGAAGCAGGGCUACCAUCCUUGGGUGAACCAAGUCAUGCUGAAGGCUCUUCCGUCAAACUUGUCACUCCUCGCUCCGCCAAUCCGAUACCCGCUCUCUUAAAGGCCUCGCCGUCUUCUUCAUCCUCGUCAUUAUGCCCCUCGACGAGCAAUAAUGAGUGGCCAUGUGGCGGGUCCAAUUCGGCGCUCGUAGGAUGUCGACGGCGACGAGGUGCGUUUCUCCUCCCGAGAUUCGGCGGGCCCGAGGCUCUCGAGCUCAAACCCUCGGUCGCCUUGCCCGAUCUCAAGCCCAGAGAGGUCCUCGUCAGAGCCCGCGCUGUCUCCAUCAAUCCCUUGGAUCUUAGGAUGCGAUCUGGUUAUGGCCGGUCCAUAUUUGAACCACUUUUGCCACUGAUUUUGGGCCGCGAUAUUAGCGGUGAAGUUGCAGCUGUUGGAGCAUCAGUUUCGUCACUAACCAUUGGACAAGAAGUAUUUGGUGCACUGCAUCCAACUGCCGUGAGAGGAACUUAUGCUGAUUAUGCAAUUCUAUCAGAAAAUGAGCUAACGCUUAAACCGCUUUCAGUAUCACAUGUGGAGGCAAGUGCCAUUCCUUUUGCUGCUUUGACUGCAUGGCGUGCUUUGAAGAGUACUGCUAGAAUUGCUAAAGG